AUGGGCCUGUUCACGCCGUCGGGCUUCCUGGCGGUCAAGACGUACUUCGUGGAGUCUCGCGGCCGCGCCGUGGGGCUGUCGAUGGCGGGCGCCAACUGCGGCCAGAUGGCGAUGCCUCACGUGGUGCGGCUGCUGCUCGAGACGUACGGCUUCAGCGGCGCGCUGCUCGUGCUGGGCGGGGUGGCCAUGCACGGGCCGCUCGGCUCGCUGUUCUUCCACCCCGUGGAGUGGCACGCCGAGCGCCGCCCUGUGGCCAACGAGCUGACGCUGCUCAAGGGCGAGUCCGAGCCCGGCGACGAGGUGCGGCCGCGCCGGCCCAGGAGGAACGCCUCCAUGGCGUCGCUGGCCAGCUCCGAGGUGGGCGACAUGGCCGACGUCGUGCCCGAGGACCGCCGCAUGCGCCUGCGGCCCACCUGGGAGGAGGACGAGGAAGAGGGCGCGGGAGCGCCAGCGGGCACCUUCCAGGACAAGUCGCAGCCGAUCUGGCGCCGCGUGGUGGCCUUCAUGGACCUGGACCUGCUGCGGAACCGGGUGUACCUGAACGUCUUACUGGGUACGGCGUGCAUGAUGACUUCGACUGUCAACUACUCGCUGCUGCUGCCGUUCUACCUGCAGCGCCACGUGGGUCUCUCGAUGACAGACACGGCGCUCUGCCUCACCAUGAUGGCCGCCGGCGACUUCGUGUCGCGCCUCACCGUGCCUCCCAUCACGGACCGCAUCAAGGCCAGGGCGAGGUACACCUUCUUCCUCGGAGCCUGCUUCAUGGCCCUCACGCGAUCAGCAAUCGCGAUGAGCACCGGGAUGGUGCCACUGUGCGUGUGGAACGCGCUCUGCGGCUUCUCUCGCGGCGCCGCCGUCGUCAACAACAACCUGUGCGUCGCCGAAGUGUGUCCCGAGGAGAAGCUGCCAGGCGCCGUGGGGCUCAACAUGGUCUGCACCGGAUUCAUGCUGCUCGCCGUGGGGCCCAUCAUAGGAUACGUCCGUGAUGAGACUGAGAACUAUCCACUGUGUAUGCACCUGCUGUCAGUCCUGGUGGCAAUAGCAAUGUUUUCCUGGCUCGUCGAAGGCGUACUGCACUGGUGUCGCCGCAAGAGAUGAAUUUGGGCCAUCUUAUGACUGGUGUCAUAAGUUUAACUAACAAAACUGUCAUGAUUUUUAUACAUAACAUUGUUCCUGUACCAGGGAAAAUACACUUUUGUUUGUGUCAACACUGGAAUGAGGAGAUGAUGUAACAAAAUAAUUUUUCACUUAGUACUAUGAACGUUGUAGCACAUAAAGACUGAGGUGAGAUCCGUCAUAUAGCUUAGUUACAGACAUAGUACGUGAAAAAGUCGUGCUCCGAAACGACACUUGGUAAUGAUUCUUAAUAAUUUCUCUAUGUGCUCUGCAUGAUAUAGCUUGAUAACUGUGUUGUACAAACCACGAGUUAAAAAGACGUGUCUUGUGUUCUGCCAAUAUCUCAGAAUUUAUUUAGUUUCUUUAUGUAUUAGGCUUUCCUUGUAUAGAGAAUGUCAAAGUACCAAUUUCCGUUCAUCCGACACAUAAAGACUUGAGCCCAGGAAGUCAGCUAAUAGAAAGUGUCCACAGACUAGUUGCAGAGUUGAGGCUGGGCACUCAACUCAAAGAUGAGAAACCUCCCAAGCUGCACAGACACCCAGACAAGUAUUUCAGAGGUAAUGACUCCACCAAGAUGCACCAUAUCUCGUAUAUUGUGUGGAGAAGAAGACAGAGCAUGAUGAAGAAGCAUGAUGAAGAAGAAGACGUUAAUUACAAAGAGAACCAUACGUAUGUGAAAAAAGAAGCUGGAUGUAUUGGUGGAGAUCAUGAAGAUGAAGAUUACAGUGAGGAAGAUGACGAUGAGCAAAAAGUAGAAGAAGGUGGUCAUGAUGAGGAAGACGAAGUUUAUAAUAAAUUGGAAGUUAAUCUCCAACGAAUCUUCAGUAGAUAUCGUAUAUGUCUACUGGAAUAACCUGAAUGCAUUGGUAGAGCAAUUUUUGUCCUUGCUAGCUUCAAAAGCAGUAGACAUUAAUUCAAAUGACAAUGAAAUUACUAACUGUUGAAGAAGAAAUUCAAAAAAGCAGCAUUCUGAACAUAUUUCUUUGAUAAAUCCAUUCCGAGCAUAGAAAAAUAUAUGGAUGAACUACCUCAAACUGCUUUUUGGAAGUAAGGGAUGAUGUGAAUGCCAAUGCUGUUGGAAUA